UGCAGAUAACUCUGUUCUUUGUACUUUUACUGCAAUAAUAUUAGACAUGAGCUAUUGUGUGAGCUGAGUACUGUAAAUUACAACAAUAAUUACACAUAUAAGAGUUUUUAUUGCUUUUUGUACGUUGUUUGUUAACUGAUCUGUGGUUACAGUAGCAUUGGGUCAGGAAGUAAAGUAGAAGUACUUUGCUGAAGCACUCGGUUGGAAAACACUGCUAUCUGUGAUGAGACAUGUAUUUUAAAGAUAUUUGUUUUUUUAAUGAUGAUGUAAUAUAUUUUAUGACUGUCGGAAAAAGGUACACAACAGCUAGUCAAAGUGCACUCAAAGAUAAAAUAUUUAAGAUAUUUGAUGCAGACAUCAAAAUUCUUAAAAACAAGUUUGUGUUUCAUUUGUAUUGAUUUCAUUUGAAUUCUUUUUUAUUUUGAAUUAAUUAUUUUUUUUAAUUGCAUAUUUUGUUUAUGGAAGUUCAAAUUCAGCAUGUAAGAACACAACUUGGCUGUGAACUACAUGUGAACUAGAACUCCUGGAGAGUGUAUAAAUAUAAGUUUAAAAUAAUUGCUCUGAUGAUCAUUAGCUCAGUCCUGGGAAAUAACUGCUGUUGACCACAGGCGCAACCAGAAAAGCUGAAAAUAUUUUUUAUUUUAAAGACAUGAAACUGAUAAUACAUGUAAACUUUUGUUACUGGUUCUUCAAACACAUGAAGCUGGGAAUAUGUAUGUACCUUUACUGCUGAUCUUUGAGAUGUGGGGAAUCAGUUCCAGUUAACAGCCUUCAGACCAGUUGUAGACCAGUUCACUGGAGCUGAUUCUGAGCCCUGGUUCAAUACGAGGCUUGUGAGAUGUCAACUUCAGACAGCUUGACUCUGUGCUGUAUUUCAGUGUAUAUUUACUGUCCAUGUUGAGGUUUUCUCUGCUGCUGCUGCUGUGGUCUGUCACUUCCCUUUCUGCUUUAACUAAUUCCUGUAUGCAGACAGAUGAUGUUCAAACUGUUUUCUAACAUUUCAAAGAUCAUUGUUUGGGUUCAACUCUCUCAGAACAUCCAGAAACAUGGGUGACCUUAGAGGAGUGGGAGUGACCCCGUCCUUCAACCAGUCCUCAGUAUCCAACAAUUCGACUCCCUGUGAACAGGUGGACACCUCAGGCCAUGUCUUCUUCAUGGUGAUCUACAGUCUGAUGUUUGUGGUUGGUUUGAUCCUCAAUGGUUUCACCCUGAAGGUUUACUUCUGCCGACCUCAGCAGCUGACGACCAGCAGUAUGACCAUCUACCUGAAGAACCUGGCAGCUGCCGACUUCCUGAUCAGCCUCUGUCUCCCCAUCCGAAUAGCCGACUACGUCAGCAGCUCCAUCUACAUACACCAGGUCUUCUGCAGCUUUGGUACCUCCACCUUCUAUAUGAACAUGUACGCCAGCAUCCUGUUCAUGGGCUACAUUGCAGCUAACAGGUAUCUGAAGAUCGUCCAUCCUUUAGGAACUCACAUCUUAGGGAAAGUACGAACUGCCCACAUCAUCUCCACAGUAACCUGGGUUUUCCUCCUGACCAUGACGGGCGCCUACAUCAUCCUGUUGUUCCUCACACAGAAAAAAGAAUUAACUUUUGUUCCCAACACAAGGAGCUGUGAAGACCUGUACAGUGACCAGGUCAACCUGUUCUACAAACUCGUCCACAUUGGCUCUGUUGCCAUCUUCUCGCUCAUCCUCGCCUCCCUGGUCUUCUUCUACUACAGCACCUCCCGCAGGCUGUCGCUGGCACAGCAGAGGCAGCCAGCGUCCUCCAGCAACAAGAAGCUCGCCAAGUCCCGCAGGAACAUGUUGGUGCUGGUCAGCGUCUUCUGUGUUUGCUUUGUCCCUUACCACCUGGUUCGACUUUCCUACACUUUCAUGAAGAAGCAAGACUCAUUGAGCCAGGUGUUCUUCUACAUGAGUGAGUUGACCAUCAUGGUGUCGACUCUCAACAUCUGCCUGGACCCUCUCAUCUAUUUCAUCUUCUGCAAGGACUUCAGGGCCCAGCUGGACUUGAGGAAGGUGUUUAGGACCACACAGGUCCCAAUGAAUGAAGGCAACAAUGAGGAGAGGAGCAACAAACAGGAGAUGAGCGGCAACAAUAUCAACAGCAAUCGACAACAGGAGUCCUGUAGCUUACAUCUAACGGACACCAACACCUACGACGUCACUGAAGAUGUUCAGGCUUCAGGCUUCUAACAGACGUGUAGUUGUAUCUUCGACUCUUGUACACAACCUUUUUCCACAUUAGAAGAAGUCAUUGGUCCCCAUAAGGACGACUGGUCCUGAGAAGUUCAGUGUGUGUAGUAUUCAAGGUCCCCAAUACGUAACAAAAACAAACACGCCAACAACUGUAAUACAUACACACAGAGCAAGUGUUUCUUGUUUUUGUGAUUUUAUGAAUCAUAUCUUUUUCUUUAUUGCAAUAAAUCUCAUUAUUAUUUGA